AAAAAAAAGGGGAAAGAGCAGCUUCUCGGUGUUGGGUUCGCAGACGGUUGGCGGUUCGCGCGGCGUCGCCGGUCUACCACUUGUUGCGGGUUCCUUGCGUUAUCUGCGCGCAAACCGCCAACACCCUCCUCCAGCAGUUCCGCUCCGCAACUCUGGUUUAUCCGAGGCACCAGAAACCCCCAAGACUUCAUCUCAGGAAGAAUUAAACGGGCAGCGGUAUCAAACCUCGGUCGUCUCUACGAUCCGUCUACAACCUAAAGGUCAUGGCGUACACUCCGGCUAGCGUGGACUCCACCUGGAGCAUGUCCAUGGUCCCAUUUGACCAACGGUGCUCGCCAGCUGCAUUCUGUACACAAACCCCAACCCCGAGCGUGAUAGUGGUGCCUACACAGUCGCUGACAGCCACGCCGAUGCUGAUGCGCUGCCCCCACUGCGGUCAUGAAAUUAUGACGCAGACAAAGAAGACGGUUGGCGUGUGCACCUACGUCAUGGUCGGAGUGUGCUGCUUCUUCUGUUUACCCUGCUUCUGGCUGCCGCUUGUGGUGGACGCGUGGAAGGACACCGCCCACAGCUGCCCCAACUGUCACAUUACGCUGGGGGAACGCCGGAUGCUGUGAACACAACGGGACACCAGCCGCCGCCGCCGCCGCCGCUUACGUAGACAGGAAACGGCGCAGAGACAUGACGCGGCUUCUGCUGCACGUUCGCGACGACGGCGAUCACGUGCGCCGGAAGCAGCGGCGACGAUCACGUGUCUGCGCUAAGCCUCGCGCGAGUUUGUCACCUUCACGUACGAGCGGCCACUCGUGGACUCUGCGUUUUGCGCGCAGCGUGUGAAGAGGGUAGAGGUGUGCGUGCAAUGGCUUGUUCCCACUGCUGUAUUCGUCCGUCUCGUAUCGUCAGCGUCACACAAACACACAUAGAGAAAGGUAGGGAUUCGCGUCCAGUCGGCCUGUCACACUGAGAUUCGUGAGCAGCGCUAAAAAGACGAGGACAGGCGUAAGAACGACAACACACGUUCUUAUAUCCGUCCUCGUCUUUUUUAGCGCUACUUGGGAUCCCAGUAUGACACGUGGGGAAGACGCGAGGGAAAACUGCCUUGCACCUUAAUUUUUCCUCGCACUAAACUUGUCCUCGGCCUUCCGCAUUUCUGUGGAACUAGUAUGUAUGGUUGCAAUAUAGAAAAUGUACGAUGGUUUGAUUUCAGAAAGAAAGCAAUUAAGUGAACGUAAAGGCCACGCGCUUCCAGUAAAUUUCAUUUCAAUUUAAUAAAUUCAGUUCAGCACUAGUCAGCUUGCAGUGUCUGGAAAGAUAAGAAUUAUUAGAAAUGUACAGCUAAUGCGCCGAUUAAGAUUUUUUUUUAUUUCGUUUGUUCCAUGAGCUUCAGGCUAACACUAAACCGAGUCUGAACUUUUUUGAAAGAAAAUGAGUGAAAGCACAUAGUUACAAAUAUUACGAAUCUGUCAAUGUGAGGAGGAGACGGCUGGAAAUUGUUAUUUUAUGUACGUUCGUUAACGCGCGGAGGUAUGUUCCGCCGAGAACUCAAUAAACAAUUUGUACCUGCAGAAAUAAAUCCUAAGCUAUCUUCAUAAAUUUGUUUGCAUGACUGGAGCAAAAAGGCGAAAGACAAAUAAAAAAAAACGGUUAAGUAUUCCUAAUGGGUGCGCAGAACCAUUUUGCGUCGUUUGUACGAAAUUCAAACCACUAUAACGUACACCGCACGCCCAAUUAAUAAAUCAUUCUUGUUUUUUUUUU